AUGUCCAGUACGCAGCGCGUGCAGCAAUGGGCAACGCUUGCCCGACAGUGGCACAUAUUCGACUGCACUUGGCAAAAUCCAUUUGAAGCAGCCUCAUUGAUCCGAAAACAUCUGAUGGGUCUCCACAAACCUAUCUACCAUCCACUGAAUGAUUGUGGCGACCAUGUGGUAGUGAUUAACACAUCGGAAAUAGCUCUUCCGGGGGAUGAAUGGAAAAAGCGUGCCUACUUCCAUCACACCGGGUAUGCAGGAGGGGCCAGUUGGACUCUUGCCUGGGAGCUGCACGAAAAAGACCCUACGAUGAUCAUGAAAAAAGCCGUUUACCGAGCAAUGAAGGGCAAUCUACAACGACGGCACACCAUGCAGCGCCUUCAUUUGUUUAAUAAUGAUGAAGUGCCGAAAGAUAUGCUGGAAAAUGUAACCAACCAAAUUCGCCAACCGCGACGAGUUCCGCAACGGUUGGAUCGGAUCGACGAAGAAACCGUACGCAACUUCCCAAAAAUCAUGGACUAUCCGAAAGAUUACAUUCUUCGGUAGAACGGGAACUGCAACCGACCUCUUUCACUAGUUGAUCAAUCGACCUAGACCUGAUUGAAAAUAAAAGGCGUU